GUAUUUCUCUGUUGUGGUCGUCGUAUUAGUGCGACUUAUCCAGAAGAAGCAGGAGUAGGAUCCUGGGAUGUCGGCGUAAAGUUGCAGAAAUCUCACUCGAAUGCUAACCCACCUGUAGCCGUUUUACGUGAAAGGUACCAGCGGACGGCCGGGAGCAUGGCGGACCGGGAGGAGCGCCGCUUCGCCGAGGUGUCCCGGGACUCCGUCAAACUCAUGGCCGAGAGUACAGGCGUGGAACUCGGCGACGACUUGGCCGCACUGCUGGCAGAAGAUGUGUGUUACCGGCUCAGAGAGGCCACACAGAGCAGCUCUCAGUUCAUGAGACAUGCUAAGAGGAGGAAACUGACUGUAGAGGACUUUAACAGAGCUCUGCGAUGGAGUAAUGUGGAGGCUAUUUGUGGGUAUGGGGCCCAGGAUGCGCUGCCUUUCCGUUCAGUGAAAGAAGGCGAGCUUUUUUUCAUUGAGGAUCGUGACAUCAACCUGGUGGAGUUGGCUCUGGCCACUAACAUUCCCAAAGGCUGUGCGGAGACCAUGGUGCGAGUUAAUGUGUCAUACCUGGAUGGAAAAGGCAAUUUGGAGCCUCAGGGGACGGUUCCCACGGCGGUGCAGUCACUAUCUGACGACCUUCUGAAGUACUAUCAGCAGAUUACACGGGCCAUCCUGGGAGAGGACCCCCACCUCAUGAAGGUGGCUCUGCUGGACCUGCAGUCCAACUCAAAGAUCGCUGCCCUCCUCCCCUACUUUGUUUACGUCAUUAGUGGGGUGAAGUCGGUGAGUCAUGACCUGGAGCAGCUGAACAGGCUUCUCCACAUGGUGAAAAGCCUGGUCCAGAACCCGUACCUGUACCUGGGCUCGUACGUUCGAAGCCUGGUCUCCAGUGUCAUGUACUGCAUCCUGGAGCCACUGGCGGCCUCCAUCAACCCACUCAAUGACCACUGGACCCUCAGGGACUACGCUGCCCUUCUCCUCAGCCACAUCUUCUGGACUCAUGGGGAUCUGGUCAGUGGUCUCUACCACCAAAUCCUGCUGUCACUCCAGAAGGUUCUGUCAGACCCAGUCCGGCCACUCUGCUCCCACUAUGGGGCUGUGGUGGGGCUUCAUGCACUGGGAUGGAAGGCUGUUGAAAGAGUGCUUUUUCCACACCUUCCUGCGUACUGGGCAAACCUCCAGGCUGUGUUGGACGACUACUCUGUUUCCAACGCCCAGGUCAAAGCAGACGGACACAAGGUCUACGGCGCCAUUCUGGUGGCAGUGGAACGCCUGUUGAAAAUGAAGGCUCUGUCUCUAUCUCAGCCCACAGAGGGGGGCUCCAGUGGUCAGCCAGGCUCUGUAACAGGUGCUAUGGGGUACAGGGUGAGCUCCCCUGGCCUCAGCCCACCUCCAGAGCCUCUGUCUGAGGCCGCCCUGGGAAUCGCCAGCCACCUUCAGGCGGGUGGAGCUGGCUGCCCCUGGGAAGAGUGGACCCCCGUCCCUCUGCCCGCCAUGUACUGUGAGCUCUACUCGUUCUUCGGAGACAGCCUGGCCGUCAGGUUCAGCACAGGACCCGGGUUUGGAAGCUACCCUCCUUGCACCCCAUCCCAGCUCAGUGACGCCAGGAAAGAUCCCCCGGGUCCCACCUCCAACUCUGAAACCACCCGUAAAAUGCCUCAGCUGACCGCCAACCUCAACAUCAGCCCCCGGCAGGAUGGGAGUCCCCGAACGGAUCCGCCUCCGCCGAGUCUGGCUGCAACUGGAUCUGGGAGGUCCCUGGCCCGCUCCUCUUCAUCCUCAGUUCCACGCUCCAGAUCGUCCUCGUCACGCUCAGGGCAGCGUUCAACUGGACUCUCUCGGGAUGUUUUCCCCAAAGCUCGUUUCACUUCCUCCCAGAGCGGACCUCCGGUUUUCUCAUUCCUCAUUGGUGGGCGACAAAUGGGCCGUCAUUGCCAAGGUCGGCGUCCCUUCCAGACCACAUUUGCUCCGACCCCACCCCUUUCAGCCAUCCCACCGCGUGCCUACGCCCACAAACUCCCCGUCAUCGGCAGAGUGGGCAAACCUGUGCGCCGCUGGGCUUAUUCUCAUUACUCCCUCCAUCUGCCCCUUUAAAAACACCGACAGGCUUCAGACCAUCGGACUACACUG